CUGAGCGUAGUGUGUAUGGUGGUUUCCAAGCCGGUGUUAGCAAAGCUGUGCAAAUCUCCAUGAGGUCUAGCUGUGUUUUAUGUUAUUUUAGGAGUAAGUUUACUUGCCGAAAGACAGAUUAAACUGGUCAGCUGAAUAUUAACGACAAGCAAGCUCGUAAACAUGGAGAUUCCGUGACGGCUAAAUGUUUAGCCCUGAACUAGUCAGACUUCUAGGAUUGUACGUGUCCACAUUAGGAGCAAUUUAGUCCUCUAGUAGAGAGGAGGCCUGCGGACAUGGCAGGCAGAGGCCGAGGAGUAGCUGCCUUCACCUUCAACAUCGACGCUCUGGGCAUCAGCAGGGGCAGCAUGCCAGAAGCCAGGGUGGGGCCCAGCCCUCUGUUUCCAAGCAUAGACUUUAAACCAGUUCCACUGAAAGCUGGUGAAGAUGAGGACUACAUGCUGGCCUUAAAACAGGAGAUGAGAGCAACGAUGCAACGGCUGCCGCACAACAUCAAGCCUCAGUCCAAUAAAUCAGAAGUGGAGAGAUACACUGAGAGAUACCUGAAGAAAAGUCAGAUUGAGGAUGAAGACUGGACUCCAGACUGGAGCCUCUUUCCAAAAGAAUUGAUGCCCCAAACUAAAAAACCUCGUGCAAAAGCAGGCACCAAGAAGAAACCAGUGAAGAUAUCACGCAAAGAGACAGAAGACAUGCUGAGCAAAUUAGACGAACUGGCAAAGAAUGAUGAUAGAAACCCUGAAAAAUCAGAUGACGAGACUGAAAAGAAACCUGGGAAUGAGGAAGAAGAGGAAGUUGAAGCAGAAGAGUAUGAUGAAGAGGAUAUUGAAGAGGAAAAUGACUACAUUGACAGUUAUUUUGACAACGGUGAAGAUUUUGCUGCAGACAGUGAUGACAAUAUGGACGGUGAAGCAACAUACUGAGACAAUGCGACUCAGCCGUUUAAACUCAAGUGAGCAUGCACUGUUGAAUUAAACAACCAUUGUGUGGUUGUUUCAGUUGGUUGACUAUUGUAGAUACGUUGGGAAUAGUGUUUAAAAGAGAUCCUUUGUUUGCUUUAUUUUGUGUGAUCCUGAGAAGUGAGUUCUGUUUAAAAAAAUGUAAAUAAGAAAUGCAAAUCUAUGUGCACACUGGCAAUAAUUUAUUCAAAAUAGAUUUAUUUAUUCUUCAGCAUGUAGACAGAUUCCACAGGUUGAAAGGCACAUACUGUCAACAACAUGUAAUGCUUUGUCAUAAAAUAUCAAGUGAACACAGUGAUAAAAUAAAAGGGCUAUAUACCAAA